CAUGCGCAUUCCGUGCGGUACUGCUGUCACUUCCGGCUGUUUGUCCGGGAAGCGGAUUCGGUCGGAACGGAACGCGCGGAUCCCGGUGACCCGGCCCACCAGCUGCACAGGCCGCCGCCAUGGCCCGGGACUAUGACCAUCUCUUCAAGCUUCUCAUUAUCGGUGACAGCGGUGUUGGAAAAAGUAGUUUACUUCUAAGAUUUGCAGAUAAUACAUUUUCAGGCAGCUAUAUUACAACAAUUGGGGUUGAUUUUAAAAUCAGGACAGUUGAAAUUAAUGGGGAAAAAGUUAAACUGCAGAUUUGGGAUACGGCUGGCCAGGAACGGUUCCGGACCAUAACCUCAACAUAUUACAGAGGAACCCAUGGUGUCAUUGUAGUUUAUGAUGUUACCAGUGCAGAAUCUUUUGUUAACGUAAAGAGAUGGUUACAUGAAAUAAAUCAGAAUUGUGAUGAUGUGUGUCGGAUAUUAGUGGGCAAUAAGAAUGAUGAUCCUGAGCGAAAAGUGGUGGAAACAGAAGAUGCCUAUAAGUUUGCCGGGCAGAUGGACAUACAGCUGUUUGAGACUAGCGCCAAAGAAAACCUAAAUGUUGAGGAGAUGUUUAAUUGCAUUACCGAGCUAGUCCUACGAGCAAAGAAAGAAAACUUGGCAAAGCAGCAACAGCAGCAACAGAACGACGUGGUGAAAUUAAACAAAAACAGUAAAAGGAAGAAGAGAUGCUGCUAAGUGCAGACACCGCACAGAGAGGCUGCUCUUAAUCUGAACAUUCGUUCCUGGGACAAAGAGUAACUGUGCCACGGGCAGUGCCCAGCUUUCAGGGGUUGGGGCAUUUUCUCAGUUUUGUGCUGUUAAUUUAAGAAAUUUCUCAAGGUUUUCUAUUGAGAGGCGCUGGCACCUUUUUAUUGCUGUGCCAACAAGGUGUUGUGGAUCCUUGUCAUCCCAUUGUCACCCCUGCUCUUCUGGAGCGUCUGCUAGGAAAGGACAAUUGCAGUGCCUACCCCUUGGACUGAUUAACAAGAGUCUGUACAUACUGUAUAUUGUGUUAACCAGCCUCGCCUCCCCCCUCCUAUUGCUUUGGCUUUAGCCUUCCGAUCGCCAAUCUGUCGUGAUACGUGAAUAUGAACUGAUCAAAUAUUUUUUUUUAAAUUUAGGACAGUUGGCAUCUUAACCUCUGUUUGCGCCUGGUUCAGUCCUGCCAGUUAGGGUAAGAUUCACUAGGCCUUGCUGUUAAUUUGCUUCCCUGCUGUUUUCCUUUUUUGUUUUGUCAAUAUUUAAAGUCAUGCUAAAGAAUACCGCCAUCUAUUACAUUGACCAUUGCAGGACAUACGACCAAAAAAAUCAUUUUGUUUUUAAUGGAAGGCUGAAUGGAUCCUGAACUGUUAGCAGUCAUUUGUUACUAUCUAAGAACCAUUAUGUGAAUUUCUGAAGACAAAAAAAAAAAAAAACAAUAUUAUGGGUUAAAAAAAAAAAAUCUGCCAAAUUUUUGUACCAUCUUGUUCAUAAAUAGGAACAAACUAAUAAAAAUGUGAACUAUGGGUCCUGAAUUAAAAAACAAAAAAAGUAAGUGUCUCAAUGUCUAUAGAAAUGACUAGAUUACUGGCGGUAGUAUGAAGAUGGGCAUAGAAGAUAACGUCUGUUCAACAAAGGUAGGCACAAGGAAUGUGGAAAAUCAUAGAAAUAUUUUAUUUCAGAGUUUACAAUAAAAAGAGCAUAAUUUUGUACUAAAA